UUAACACAACAUCGUAAAUCAACUACAAUAAAAUAAAUUACAAAAAAAGAAAGAAAUCCAGAGAAGGAGGAAUCAUGUAAAUCUUCCCCGUAGACUUUGAAAGGCCCACCAUCAACGACAAAAGCCAAAAUCGAAUGAAGAGUGGAGCAGUGAUAUGUCCUCUAUUUUUACUUAUUUUUGAAGGUCUUCCUUCCCGACUUCUCGCUGUCCUUUAGUUCAAGGAGAACGGUGGGUGGAGAUGGGAAUCAACUGUUUGGUAAAUAAGGUACCCAAAUGGAUUUGCAAACUCAUGCUCCAUCCUCUUCCAGGCCCCCCACAAAGAAAUGACGCCGUUGUUCCAAUAUUCGCGCUGACAGCUUGGCUCUGGGCUCCUUAUAUUAAGGCUGUAUCUGGAAAUGUGGCCGUCCGGCACCAGAGCUCAAUUCAUGGCGCAAAGCCAGCAAUGUCCCAAACAUCUUCACCCGAGGUUGAGACAGAGAAAUAGGGUUUUCUCACCAACCCUAAGGGUGGCCCCCUAAAAACAGCCAAGAGAGCAGGACCGAUGCAGAAUCCGAUUUCUCAGCGGUUUGCGGGGUUCUUGGCGCCAAAACAAACCAUCGGGUCCGUCCCCUGCCGGAACUAUAAGACACGUAAUCGAUAAUCCUCCGCCUCGCUAAAUAGUCCUGUCUAAAAUGUCUCGGAUACACACUAUUUUAUCUCAAAGCCCUUCCGAGCAUAGAAAAUGAGCCUCUGGGGUACACCACCCUUCUUUCUGAAUGCAAAUGUGGGUUUUCUAAUCGUUUUCUCUUCAUAGAUUCCUCCGCCAGAAAUUAUAUUCCCCGAGUCUGCACUUCCGGGUCCGCCAUUUUGCUGCCUCCAUUUCUCCGCGAGGGGGGGGUUAAAGGCCCCCAAAAUAUGCAUAUGUGAAAAGGUCAAAAAGUAACCGUCAGUGACAGGGAGUCUUAACUAGAGAAGGAAACAGGACCAAACUGGCGGGCUCGGUGAAAACACAGCCGGCAGCGUCCCGGACGAGGAGAUGUCUUUGGUGGACUUGGGGAAGAGGUUGCUAGAAGCAGCAAGAAAAGGCCAAGAUGAUGAAGUGAGAACAUUGAUGGCAAAUGGUGCCCCAUUCACCACAGACUGGAAUGGUGCAGAUGUGAAUGCCAAGGACAUGCUGAAGAUGACAGCUUUGCACUGGGCCACAGAGCACCACCAUCGAGAUGUUGUAGAGCUACUUAUCAAAUAUGGAGCUGAUGUCCAUGCUUUCAGCAAGUUUGAUAAAUCUGCCUUUGACAUAGCCCUGGAGAAAAACAAUGCUGAGAUUCUGGUCAUCCUUCAGGAAGCAAUGCAGAAUCAGGUGAAUGCUAAUCCUGAGAGAGCCAACCCUGUGACUAUGGGUACCCCAUUCAUCUUCACGUCAGGAGAAGUUGUCAACCUUGCAAGCCUUGUUUCUUCAGCCAGCACCAAAACAACCUCAGCUAAUUCAGAGGAAAUCAUAGAAGGAAAUUCUGUUGACUCAUCAAUCCAGCAAGUGGUGGGGAGUGGAGGCCAGAGGGUCAUCACCAUAGUGACCGAUGGAGUCCCUCUGGGUAAUAUCCAAACUGCAAUCCCUACUGGAGGCAUUGGCCAGCCAUUUAUUGUAACUAUGCAAGAUGGACAGCAAGUUCUAACUGUACCUGCUGGUCAGGUUGCAGAGGAGACUGUCAUUGAAGAAGAGGCAGAAGAAGCAGAGAAAUUGCCACUGACUAAGAAACCAAGGAUAGAAGAGAUGACAAACAGUGUGGAGGAAAGCAAGGAAGGCACUGAAAGAGAGCUACUUCAGCAGCAACUCCAGGAGGCUAAUCGAAGAGCCCAGGAAUACCGACACCAGCUCCUAAAGAAAGAGCAGGAGGCAGAACAGUACCGCCUCAAGCUAGAGGCCAUGGCCCGACAACAGCCCAAUGGAGUUGAUUUCACCAUGGUUGAAGAGGUGGCUGAGGUAGAUGCUGUAGUAGUUACAGAGGGGGAGAUGGAGGAGAGAGAGACAGAAAUGACUGGAGCAGUAGGGACCACAGAGCCUCAUACUGGAGUUUCCAUGGAAACUGUUUCAACUUAAUGUGCAAGGGCCACAGCUUGUGCUGUGUCCAUCUUUUUCCUCUUUUUAAAAGAAAAUACAAAGGACAAACAUUGUAUAAAAAUUAAGAAUGUCCUAAAGAAGAAAACUAUAGCAGGGUACAGAGUUUGGGCUCAGGAAGGCUCUCUAUGCAACUGGAAAAUUCAAAGCCAAAUUUAGGGAACAAGUCUUCUGAGGGACCAAAAGAAUAAGGACCAAAUUUCUCAGCUCACAUCAUUGCUUGAAGCAUAGAGGUAAAAGAAUCCUGGAUGUUGCAGAUUGAUUGUUUUUUAAAUAACUGACUUUCUAUCAAAAGAUUUUAAAAUAAUAUCCCUAAUAUGGACACGCCCAGAGCCUUUAAUAUUAUAGUUGUACCAUCAAGUGACCUGAAACUUUGCCUUAGGUUUAUGAUGUGUACCUGUUAGAGGAGAAACUUAAUUGGGAGGAGGGAUUAGACGCAAGUUUUGGGGAAGAGAAAGAAAUAUAUUCCACUUCCGAAGGAGCGGGCAGGCACUCCCCACUAUCCUGAGUUAAUUUCACUGAAAAGAAAUGUGUGAUUGCCUGACUAAAUUUGCAUCCAUUGUGUGUCCAUAGCUCAGAUGCCAGUUUAAGAAACUGAAAUAGAAUUUUUAAAAACUGGAAAGGAGAGAAGUGUAUAUAAAUCCAAAAUCCUCCAGGCUGUGCCUCUGCAAUGCUGGAAAGUGGCCAGAAAGAGGCUCGUGGGGUUAGGAAACAAUCUGAUCCUGAGAUACCAACUUUGCUCUGGCUGGAUUUUAUGAAAUUGCAAUCAGGAGGGUAGUCUGUUGUCAGAACAACUUGCUUCCAACCAUUUAUUUAUGUAAUGUCAAGCUUUAAUAUCAACUUUUUAAUUUUAUAAAACUUUGUUGAGUUUUCUAAGUGUGCCUUUCUGUGGAACUUACGUGGUAUCCUCUCAUAUGCAAGAAAAGACGGGGAGAGAUGAAUGCUGAGGACGUUGUAUAGCUUUCUCCAUCUUAUUUGGGUUGAGUAAAUCGCUCUAUUUCCUUAAGGUCAGGCCUUGUGCAGAGCUUUUGUGCCUUAUAGGUGCUCAGUGUGUGCUGGCAGAGGGAGUGAGAACUACCAGUGCCGUAAUGUAAGGAACCAAAGAUUCUGACCAGAUGCUUCGUCACCUUACUGUCUUCUCUCCCACUAUGCCUGCUCCCUUUGCCUAUAUACUUUUGAAAGUGUUUCAUUGCUGGGAUUUCUUGGAGUUUUUUUUAAAAAAAAGGGAAUACGGAUGGAGAGAGAGGGGUUAUGGAGAGGUCAUCAUCCUGGACUUGCUUGCUUUGUUGUAAAUUAGAAGCAACCAGAGGGAGCUGUGCCAAGUAAACAUUUGAAUGACUGUUUAGAAUGUGGUUUUCUUAAUUAUCAAUCACGGGGAAAACAUACAUUUUUAAUUUGGAAUAAAAUGUGACAGUUAACAUGGUUCUGUUUACCUUGAUUAGUGAAGCAAUUUGCUGCAGUUUUCCAGAGGUGCAGAAUCAUUUGGGGCUCAAAAUAGACUGAAAACAUAACUCCCCAAACCAAAUUUAACAAACAGAAUUGGCUAUUAGAGGUUUAUAGACAAAAAUAUCAGUUUUUUUUGUUUGUUUUUUUAAAAUUUAUUUAUUUAUUUAUUUUGGCUGCGUUGGGUCUUUGUUGAUGUGCGCGGGCUUUCUCUAGUUGA